AUGUUCACCUUGCGGAGACUCGUCUCCGCCCUCCUCCUCGCCGGCGUGGCUCUGUUCUUCUUCGCGCAGACCGCUGAGGCCGCCAAGGGCCCCAAGAUCACUAACAAGGUCUUCUUUGACAUGACCGAGGGCGACGAGCCCAUCGGCCGCAUCACCAUCGGUCUGUACGGCAAGACCGUCCCCAAGACGGUCGAGAACUUCCGCGCUCUCGCCACUGGCGAGAAGGGCUUCGGCUACGAGGGCUCUACCUUCCACCGUGUUAUCAAGCAGUUCAUGAUCCAGGGCGGUGACUUCACCAAGGGCGAUGGCACCGGUGGCAAGUCGAUCUACGGCGAGAAGUUCCCCGACGAGAACUUCAAGCUCAAGCACUCCAAGAAGGGCAUCCUGUCCAUGGCCAACGCCGGCAAGGACACCAACGGCUCGCAGUUCUUCAUCACCACCGUUAUCACCAACUGGCUCGAUGGCCGCCACGUCGUCUUCGGCGAAGUCCUCGAGGGCUUCGACGUCGUCGAGAAGAUCGAGCAAGCCCAGACUCAGCCCGGCGACCGCCCCGUUAAGACGAUCAAGAUCGCUAAGAGCGGAGAGCUGGAGGUGCCCCCUGAAGGUAUCCACGUGGAACUCUGA